AUGGCGGCAGUUGUGAGAGUCAAACGACGAAGGAACGAAGAUCCCGUUGAAACAUUGAUGAUUUCGUGUAAAAGAAGAAAAAAUGAUCCAGCGGACUCCUUUACUAGUGAUGGGAAUGAUAAAUGUCAAGUUGAAAGCGUGCUAAAAUAUGCUGCGACAAUUACAACAAAGGACGUGACAGUAUCCAAACACAUACGUGAUGCAAUUCGCAAAGAGAAAUUGGAAAAGGAGUACAAGCACCAUGGUUAUGGUGGAAAUGUCACUGCAAGAAACCGACACCAACAUCAGGUGGUUUCCCGAUCCAACCGUUACAAGAUUCUCAACAGUUACAGGACUCAGGGACUUGAUGACUUGGAUGCAGCUACGGCAGACAGCCACACAUCAAAUCCACCUGACGUCAUAGGAAACGACUGUGGUACGAAAACUGAGACUGUUGAUGCCACCAAGGUUCGUACCACGGACGUCGUAACAGAGGGCAGUAGUACGAAAGCCGGAACUGGUGAUGUUGACAAGGUUAAUACAACUGACGUGGUAACAGAGAACAGUAGUACAAAAGUCAGUGAUGCUACCAAGCUCUGUACAAAUGGAUGCCAGGUUCAGACACAUUCUAAGUCAGAUGAAUGUGCUUGCCAUGAAGUAAAAAAAAUUCACACCGCUGGUUGCACCCAUUCAGCACCAUUACUUUCUGACCCCGAAAAACAUGGUCACCAUGGUAACUGUAAAGGACAUCCAUGUUCUGCAUGUACAUUACAUAGUGAAUGUACUAAAAACAUAAACCAUGAGAAAAUUUGUGUGCACAGACUGUCUGGAGAGUGCUGUAAAGAGCAGGUAACUCUGUCCGGUUCGACCUGUACAUGUAGCUCCCCACCUGGUGUGGAAGGAACGACGUCCCUAACUUGUGGUGCAAGCUCAGAUGACAAGAGCAGAUCGUCAAGUUCCCAUGAACUUGAUAUGGUUUUGGUAGAAAGUCCAUCGUCACUGCAGAGUUCCGAUAAGGUCUUUUGUUUGUACGAUGUGGAAAAGGAGAAUGUGGUAGAUUGUUCACCAGCUGUCAGCAACAACAACAAUAAUAAUGUACAGGCACCAUCGUCUCUUAGCGAAUUCACGUGUAAUUCUGUGCCAAUGAUCCGCGAGGUGGUCGGGCACAGCGGCGAGCCUGACGAGGACUACGUGUACGACCUCUACUACACCAACAGCAGCAGCGUCGACUUCCGCCUGUUUGAGAACAUCCUCCGGAUCGAGGCGCUGCAGGAGGAUGCAGUGGUAGACGAGCGACUGGACUGGAGCGAUGACGAGGUGCGCGACGAUGAUGAUGACAGCAACGAGGAAAACAACUGGAGGAACGAUUACCCCAACGAGGACCCACACUUCUACGAAAACGUGGACGCGGAAUAUUACGGGGAUGAUGGAGUUGGGAAUCACAUGUUCAAUGAAGAGGAACCUUUAUCAGAGUGGAUGUCAUCAAGGUGUAAUAUAGAGGAUGAUGGUGACGACUCCAAUGAUGAAUCUCCACCCAGUCAGUACGAUCCGCUGUUUGGACCGACAGCUACAUACGAACAGUACCUCAAGCGAAUCCACCAUGAAGUGGAUUCACUCGACGAUUAAAAACACUGCAGGGAUGGAUGAUUGUCAGUAUAAUCCGCUGCGUGGACCGACAGUGGAUUCGCUCGAUGAUUAAAAACACUACAGGGAUGAAUGAUUGUUGGUGCUACAUGUUUCUAUUGUUUGGACCAACAACUACAUACGAACAGUAAUUCAAGCGAAUCCACCCUGAAGUGGAUUCACUCGAUGAUUAAAAACACUACAGGGAUGGAUGAUUGUUGGUGCUACAUGCUCCCAAUGUUUGGACCGACGGCUACAUAUGAACAGUACCUCAAGCAAAUCCACCAUGAAGUGGCUUCACUCGAUGAUUAAAAACACUGCGAUGAUGGACAAUUGUUGGUACUACAAUGUUCCCACUGUUUGGACCGACAGCUACGUAUAAACAGUAGUUAUCUCAAACGAAUCCACCAUGAAGUGGGUUUGCUCGAGGACUAAAAACACUGUAAGGAUGGGUGCUUGUUAGCACUAUGUACUAUACUACCGACAAAAAAUAAGGGAACGGGUGAAAUGAUAGUGAAUGUUUUAUUUCGAUUAACAUCUGGAAAACCAAUUUGGGGCGUGUAUAUUAAUAUCUGGUGUGUCCACCAUUUUGGGCGAUGCAUGCUCGACACCUUGAUGGCAUACUGUUGAUUAAUGUACGUAUGGUUGCCCUGGGUAUUGCCCGCCAUUCAUUCUGAAGGGCUACAGCAAGCUGGGCCACGUUGGUGGGUGCUGGGUCCCUGGAGUACACUCUCCGCCCGAGAACGUCCCACAGGUGCUCUAUAGGGGACAUAUCGGGGGACGUAGCGGGCCAGUCGAUUGUCGGUAUGCCUUGUUGUCGUAGGUAAUCGGUGACUAUCCGAGCGCGAUGUGGUCUGGCAUUGUCGUCUUGAAAUUCAAAAUUUCUGCCAAUAUUUCUCACCACUGGAACAACGACAGGACAUAAAAUUUGGUCCAGAUAUCUCUGGCCAGUGAAAUUUCCAUUAACAAUAAUCAAAUCUGUUCGCCUGUCAUGUGUGAUCCCUCCCCACACCAUGACACUACCACCCCCAUAACGAUCAUGGUCUAGAAUUGUAGCCCGGACAUAUCUCUCGCCGCUACAUCGCCAACAACGUUUUCUGCCAUCUGUGAAUCUGAGGCAGAACCUCGAUUCGUCUGUAAACAUGGUGUAACGCCAUUGUCGCACAGUCUGUCCCUGGUGUUGCCUAGCCCACCGUAAUAGUUGCCGCCUAUGGUGAGCUGUUAGGGUCACACCCUUCAGAGGACGCCUCGCUUUCAGGCGGGCUUUGUAGAGUCUGUUCUUGACAGUUGAUGUUGAAAUUCGCCUUCCUGUUAAUGUACGGAAUUCACUGUUGAUAGCAGCAGCUGAUUUGAAUCUAUUGCAUAGAGCAAUUAAUGUUAUAGUACGAUUUUGUAGAGGUGUCGUCUUUUUAGGCCUGCCACGCCCAGGUCUCGUUGCAAUCCCACCAGUUUGACGGUACUUAUCCCACAAUCUAAAAAUUACACUUUUUGAUUUACCAAACAUUCGGGCAACUUGGCAUAUUGACGUACCUCCAUCAUACCAACAAUUCGCCAUUUCGUCUCUUCAUUAAGGUAUUGUCUUGGGACCAUUUUCACACAUGUGAUUACCUCACUUGCAUCGGUGAUUGUUAGUUCCACGAUAAGCACAUACACGUGAUCUUCUGUGUGCAUGUGCAUCACAUGCUGUUCAUGUAUGAUGUGAAAUUUUAUUUUGAUCAGAUGAAGCGUUCAGAUGCAACGCCACUGUAUUGUAACCGUGCAUGUCAACGAUAGUUACAUUCACAUCAGUCGUUCCCUUAUUUUUUGUCGGUAGUAUAUUUGGACAAACAGCUAUGUAGGAAGAGUACUUAUCUCAAAGGAACCCACCAUGAAAUGGACUUGAUUGAUGAUAAAAUGAUUCUAAAUAACGGGGCUUUGUCUGUACUGUACGACCCACUGUUUAAUGCUGAUGGCUACUCAUCCAUGUAAAACCUGAGAAUAUUCUCCAGUGAUUUGGGGAGGGGGGGUAUUUAGUUUUUUUGGAGGGGGAUGUUUUUUUUUUUAAGACAUCAUAAAUAUAUAACAGAAACCAACACAUUUUUUUGUUUAGACAUGACAAAGAUACAGAUAACAGUAAUGAAAUAACUGGUGAAGCCACAGUAUUCCUAUUCAGUAUGGGACUACACGAGUCGGGUGCUCCACACUUGCUGUAUUCGAGUGAUCUCCAGUGUCACUCGAGCCUUGAUAACACGGAAUCUGCAAUGCCUGCCAGGUAAUCGCCCUCAUUUUAACUCUGAUCCGUUGUUAGGAUCGAUGGCUUGGCAGAUUUACUCUGUGAAUGCAAACACUGAAUGUGUAGACGAUGAUCGUUUUUAACUACCAGAUAAGUGUGGUACAGUUUUCACCACUGGUUAUGUAUGAACAAUAUUCCCAAAACCAUUAUUGUUGGUAUUUAUUGGAUAACUACCAUUAACUCCAUCACCCACCCCCCAGUUGUUCAUGGAACUGCAAAAGUAAAAGUUUGUUUUGUCUAACGACACCACUAGAACACAUUUAUUAAUCAUCGGCUAUUGGAUGUCAAAUAUCAUCUAAUAAUUCUGAGAUACAUUCUCAGAUGAAGCCUGCUACAUGUUUCCAUUGGUAGCAAAGUAUAUCUUUUAUAUGCACCAUCCCACAGACAGGAUAGCACAUACCACAGCCUUUCAUAUACCUGUUGUGCACUGGCUGGAACGAGAAAUAGCCCAAUGGGUCCACGGACCGGGAUCAAUCCUAGAUUGACCGCACAUCUGGCGAGUACUUUACCAUGAUCCCCUUUCAAUUAUUGGUACAGAACAGAUCACUCUUUUUUUUAUUUGUCAGAUUGUCCAAAAUAUAGUUAGGUAUUAAUGACUUAUUUUUUUUAAUUUACUAUUUUUUUUAAUUUUAUAUAUCCAUGAUGUAUCCAUCGUUUCAUUGCAUAUGAUUAUUUAAUUAUUGAAUAAAUAUUUUUACCAUUUAU